GCUAACGCACUGGUCGUCGAAAGAUUACAAGACGCCAUCUUACUUAUCCAUUGUCCUUACUUUCGAACACUUCUGAGGCAUUAGCGUCAGCUAAGUUUGACAAUUCCUAUUUUUUCUUUUUGUUACAAUUACGAAAAAAAUGAGUCUUCGAUUCGACACAAAUACUGUAUUAGGAAGUGGAGGUUUUGGCAUAGUGUUUCUAGGGGCAUUCGAAGGUCGUCAAGUGGCAGUUAAAAGGAUUGAACUCCGAAAAAGCAACGAAGAAGAAGUUUUGCUAGAAUUGGAUCAUCCCAACAUCGUAAAACUUUUUCACGUUCAAACAGACGCAAACUUCAAGUACUAUGUAUUUGAAUUGUGUGACGCUUCGUUACGUGAUCUGUUCUUAAAAUCGGAUGACAAAAUAAAAUACAACGGACCUAUACCACGGCUGAUUGAAGUUUUUCUUCAAUUGGCUUCAGGUCUCGAACAUAUCCAUUCAAAGAGAAUCGUUCAUAGAAAUAUUCAUCCAUCUAAUAUUCUCAUUGCUACGCGACGUACCGACCAAAAUGUCGAGGUAACAAUUAAAAUGGCAGGUUUCCAUCUGUCCAAAAGAGUCGAUGAAUGGGGAUCAUAUGAACUGGAAAUAAAUGAAAUCAAAGGGAACAGAAAUUGGAUUGCUCCUGAACUACUGAAACUAUUAAACACAAAUAUUGGAAAUGCUGACUAUAAUGUGAAGAAUGAUAUUUUCGCACUAGCCCUCGUCUUUGGAUAUCUGCUCUUGGGUGGGGAACAUCUCUACGGUUCUGAAGAGAAAGGAAUUUCCAACAUGAUCAUGGAAAGUGGUCCGAUCAACAUGCUAAAAAUUGACGGCAAAUUGCUACAUUUUUACCAGAAACUACUUUUAAAGAUGUUGGAAUACAAUCCUGGCAAAAGGAUAUCCGCGACUCGAGUCGUCCAAGAACUAAAAUCCAUCAAGGAUGAGCUUACUGCAAAUGAUUCAAAUGCGCUCCACUAUUUGAUUCCAGUUAAAAAUGCGACGAAAAUGGAAAUUAAAAUCAAAGUUCAUGCUAAACUGGGGAAAGGUGGGUUCGCUGAAGUGUUUAAAGGGGAGUUUAGAGGCAAUAACGUCGCAGUAAAAAUAGUUGAAAUAAACAAAGUCAAUGUCCGCGAAGAAGAAACCAUGAAAGAACUGGAUCAUCCCAACAUCAUCAAACUUCUUCAUUGUGAAAAUGACGAACGUGAAGAGUACCGGUACUAUGCAUUGGAUUUAUGCAACGCCUCAUUAGAUAAACUGUUCCUGAAAUCAGAAGACCCCCAAAAAUACAGGGGGCCUCUACCACGUCAUAUCGACAUCUUUCUUCAAUUGGCUUCCGGUCUUGAACACAUCCAUAAGAAGAAGAUCACUCAUCGAGAUAUUAACCCAAAAAACAUCCUAAUUUCAACACCAAACCAACAUGGUGAGGUAACAAUCAAAUGGGCAGAUUUCGGACUGUCAAGAACAGUCAAUGAACGGGGUACAUACACUGUGAGCCAAAUCAACGGGACAAUCAACUGGUUCGCUCCCGAAACACUAAAAAUCUUAAUGGAAGGCAGUGAGAGUAGAGGUGACACCCAGAGCGAUGUCUUUGCGUUAGCUCUCGUUUUCGGUUAUCUGCUCUUAGACGGUAAACAUCUCUACGGUUCUAAUCAAGUUCAAAUUGACUCCAACAUCAUGAAUAAAAAUCCCAUCAACAUGCGAGAAAUUGACGGCAAAGUACGCGAAUUUUACAAGGAUAAUCUACUUUUAAAAAUGUUGGAAGAUGAACCUAAAAAAAGGAUGUCAUCUUCCCAAGUCGUCGAAGAACUAACAUCCAUCAAGGAAAAGCUUCCCAAAUAGACGAAGAACUACGCAAACUUGGUUUUUAACUCAUCUAAUCGAAACAAAAUACAAGAAGCGGAUUCGCUCCAGUAUGAACGUGAAAGCAAACAGCGGAGAAUUAUGUACUCUUUCCUUUGAUGUACCAAAAGGAAUUAAACCCCGACAACCCUUCUUGUUUUCAAAUCACAAGUCUAUAAUUGAACUAUUGGUAUCGGAUCCACACGGUGCAAUAUUAAAUUUUAGGAUUGCCGAAUGGGAUAAAUUUUUUCAUUUUUAAGGGAAAAGAAAAAAAAAAAAAAAUUACCAAUGAUUUCAUUCCCUAAUUAAUUUUUUUAUAUGACACUUACAUAUCAGCAUAAAUUGCUUGACGACCCUAAGAUGACCCUGAUAACCGUCGCCUCGAAAUCUGUGACGAUGGAUCAGCAUAGAUGUGUAGCUCUAUCUAAGACCUAAAUAUUUCAAAAAAUAAUUAAAUAUACGUAGUAGUUAUCAUAAUACACGUGUGCCUAUACAAA